AUGCAAGCAAUAACUUAUGGAAUGUGUCACACUUACGGGCGAUGUGCUCGUUCCGUCUCCAUUCCAGCUCCAGUUUAUUACGCGGACUUGGUAGCCACUCGCGCUCGAUGUCAUAUUAAGAGAAAGCUUGGUGUCCACGAAUCGGAUGGGCUAUCGGAAACUGGCUCGGUCAUUUCGUCUCUGUCGUCUCUAAUGUCCGUCGGCCGCCCACGUAGACGACGAGAAUUCGAAGCCGGUGAUAUUAACGCCAACCAGUCCAAUUCUGAUGCUGCUCUGCAGGAAUGCGUGUCAGUCACGGACAAGUUCAAAAGCCGCAUGUAUUUCAUUUGA